AUGUCAUCCUCCAUACCGACCUACACCACCCAUAACCAUCUAUCCUCCUCCCACCUUCCAACGAUAUCCAUAACCCCAUCCACCAAAUCAUUCUUACUCCCUAUAUCAAUCCUAAUCGCCAUCGUAUUGGCUUCAGCUAUCCAAACCGAAUUCGCUCAUACGCUAAGCUCGAAAUUGGGAUAUCAUCAACCGUAUUUUACAUUUUACCUUACUCAUUCGACAUUCGCUCUGCUAUUUCCUAUUCACCUUUCGAUCCUAUCUCUCACCACUAAGAUACCUAUCGGAGCGUAUACAAGGGAAAUUAGAUAUGUUAUCAUCGAUCAAUUGGAAUUACCUGCUUCAUCCUCAUGGAAAGAUAUAUUACCAAUAUGGUCUAGGAAGAUAACAUAUCUGACUAUGAUACUUUCUAUACCUGCUUUGUCAUGGUAUGUCGCAAUGGGCCUAUCACCUCCUGUGGAUAUCACUGCUAUUUAUUCGACUUCGGCUUUCGCGACCUAUGGAUUUAGUAUGUUGUUAUUGAGACAACCGCUUAGUAAGAUUACGAUUGGUAGUAUAGUAUUGGCUUUCACCGGGGUGGUGGUCAUUAGUGUGGAUGGGAUGAAGAGUGGGGAAGAGGGGCUGGUAGGUAGGGUGGUGGGUGAUGGAGUGAUGUUGUUUGGAGCCAUCAUUCUCGGCCUGUACGAAGUGAUAUACAAACUUGCCUUACCUGAAGGACAUGGAGGUAUAACAUCUUCAAGUCCCAAUGGUUAUACACCGUUACCGACCCAUCAAUCUUCCACGUUGACAGAAGAUGAGGAAUUAUCUUCAUCUUCGGGAAUAACAAUUCAUCAUAGGCCUAUCUUCUCACAGCAAACUACAGAUACGACACCUACACCUAUCGAAUUGACUCCACCUCUAUCACGAACUACCUCAAAUGCAGUUCUACUCCAUCCCCAACCUCACUCCUCGUCGAACCACCAUGUUCAGCAUCAAGUCAAAUUACCUCCUGCACUUCAUGCCAACUUUAUCACUUCCUGUAUAGGUAUUGCGACUUUGUUGUUACUCUGGCCACCGAUUUUGAUCCUGGAUUGGACAGGGUAUGAAAAGUUUAGUUGGCCAAGUGGUGAGAACGUAUGGAGAAUUUGGCAAUGUCUCGGUUUGGUUUUUGCUGGAGGUACGGUUUACAACGCCGGUCUUAUGGUCCUCAUUGGUCUAUGGGGUCCAACAACUUCAUCAGUAGCGAACCUCCUGACUAUCGGUCUAGUGGCUUUGAUAGAUUCGAUCUGGUUAGGUCAGAUACCAGACUCGCAAACUUUGUUGGGAGUGGGGAUGAUCUGCAUUGGAUUUGGUGUAUUGUUAUGGGAGGGUGAGGGGUGA